AUGGUGCGAAAGCAGUCUUAUGUAUGCACAUGGGCUCUCAUUAUGUGUGGUCUUCUAUGGCUUUAUUUCUAUAGCUAUCACGAAUUCUAUAUUAAAAGUGAAAAGAAGGAACUGCUGGCAUCUGAGAGCAAUCCCGAAGAUUCCGGCUACCGUCAGAAUCCACCACUAUUCCGGCAACCGCCAUGCUCCAUCGCAGAUCUUGAAUUCCGCUACGCCUGGUAUAAAAUCAAUCAAGUCGUCGGAUUGUUUCAGCCAUUUUCAUAUCUCAUUGAACCAGCAGUUUGUGCAGGUAUUCAUGCCAAAGAGUUCUGUGUUAAUUAG